GGAAAUUGUUAAUUUUGGGCAGGAGAAGGCGAUAGGAGGAGGAGGAGGAACAGGAGGAAGCUAGCUCCAAGCUUCGGUUCCUGCCCUGCCCUGCCUGCCUGGUACACCAAAAGUGGCAUGCAGGUGGAAGUGUAGAGGGCAAAACUCAUCUGUUCAGAGUGUAAGAAAGAUAUAGAAUUUGGUUGAGAACAACUGCAUGCCAAGGAAAGUGUCGAGCUAAGGUGCUGACUGAGUUCCAGUUCACAGCCGUUCUUCAUAUCGAAUCACAGGGUGAAGGUGCAACAAAUUACCAUCCAUCACUGAUGGAUCACCAUGUAAAUGUCACUCGUAAUGAUCACACUAUCGACAUACCAAGGAAUGAUCUCACGUCACCGUCAACAUCUCAUCCGCACAAUCACACUGACUUGGAUGAGUUGAACCGCAACAGGGGUCCUCCAAAUGAAGUUCCUCCUGUCCCAGAAAUUUCUGGCACAACGGGGUUUCCUGACUUUCGAAGCGCAUCUUUCACGAGAAGGGAUCAAGGCAAUCGUCAGCAGAAUCCUCUGAAUUCUGGCCUAUGGAUCUCAAUCGAGCUUAUCGUAAACCUUGGUCAGAUUAUAGCAGCGGUUACAGUGCUGUCGGUAUCAAAGAAUGAGCACCCACAGGCUCCACUAUUUGAGUGGGUUGUUGGUUAUAUAAUAGGUUGUGUUGUUACUAUUCCCCAUCUAUAUUGGCGCUAUCUCCAUCGCAACUGCCAGACCAUCGAGCAGGAACCAGCAGCCCAGGGUUCCUCUCAAAGGAACAUAUCCGAGUCUGAUUCUUUUGCAGCAAUUUCAGCUGCUCACGCAGCAGAAGCUGUGAACGAAAAUAAUAGUACUGGAGUCUCGAGAAAUAAUUUCCCGAUUGCAAGUCCAAGGGUCUACGCAUUAGUUGCCUGCUUGAAGUUGGCUCUGGAUUGUUUCUUUGCUGUGUGGUUUGUUGUGGGGAAUGUGUGGAUAUUUGGUGGCCGCUCUAAUGUCCAUGACGCUCCUAACUUGUACAGGCUGUGUAUAGUGUUCCUUGCGUUCGGCUUCAUUGGCUACGCAUUGCCUUUCAUCCUCUGCACGAUGAUAUGCUGCUGCCUACCCUGCAUAAUCUCCAUGGUAGGCUUCCACGAGGAUUUGGAUCUUAACAAAGGUGCCACCACAGAGGUAAUCAACGCGUUAGUGGCGUACAAGUACAAGUCGAUGAGGAUUCGGGAUGGAGAUGUGGGGGAAGAUAAUGGCGGAGUCCUGGCGGCUGGAACUGAGAAGGAGCGAACUGUUUCUGCGGAAGACGCUGUUUGCUGCAUCUGUUUAUCGAGGUUCUCGAACAACGAAGAUCUACGAGAGCUUCCGUGCGGGCACGUCUUCCACAUGGAAUGCAUCGACAAAUGGCUCAAGAUCAACGCGCUGUGCCCUCUUUGCAAGUCCGAGCUAGGCGGCUCAAAGGAUUCUCCUGACACUAGCUCCGAGGGCCAUCCACACGUCAACAGAGUAGGAGACGACGUGGAGUCACAGCGAUAGCUGUUCUUCUGCUUCCUGCCCUGAACCUGACGAGGAUGAGGAUGGAACACGCCCUUUCAUGUGGCAUCUGAAUUUACAUGAAAAACAACAAGUAGGAGGACAUGACAAGUCCAUUUUUUCGUGACGGAAUUGUCUCGUACAUAUUGUAUAUACACACACACCUGAUAGCUAGCGACGACAAUGUUUUAUAAAAUGUGGCAUUGA